AUGCGGGUACCUUUUGUCAUUUAUGCAGACUUCGAAUGUUUCACUAAGGGUAUAUCAACAUGUCAACCAAAAGAUACGAAAUCAUACACCCAACAAUAUCAAAUGCAUAAACCAUCUGGUUACUGUUUUAUGGUAAAAUGUUAUGAUGAUAAUCUAUAUGAACCAAAAAUAUUCAGAUAUACUGCUAAGUCAGAGGAUGAGGAUAUAGGACAAAAAUUUGUGGAAUCAAUAGAAAAGACAGUUAGAAGUAUAUAUAUGAAAUAUCAUUACAACAAGAAGGUGAAACUGACAGAUAAGGAUAAUACGGAUCAUAAAAAGGCUACCCACUGUCAUAUCUGUGAGCAGGAAUUAAAUGGUGACAAGGUAUUAGAUCAUGACCAUCUUACAGGUAAAUAUCGAGGGGCUGCACAUAACGAUUGUAAUUUGAAUUACAAGACACCUAAGCAUAUACCGGUAAUAUUUCAUAAUUUAUCAGGCUAUGACUCACAUCUAUUUAUAAAAAAUCUAGGUGUUACACGAGGUAAAAUAGAUUGUAUCCCAAACAAUGAGGAGAAAUAUAUCAGUUUCAAAAAGGAAAUAAUAGUAGAUACAUUUGAAAACAAGAAAGGUAAGAUAAGUAAUGUGAAACGAGAGAUAAGAUUCAUUGACAGUUUCAAAUUUAUGGCUUCAUCGUUGGAUUCACUAGUUGGUAAUCUAGAGAAGGUCCAAUGUAGGAAUAUGAAUAUGUUCUACAAAGGUAAGAAGCUUAACCUAUUACUUAGAAAAGGUGUAUAUCCAUAUGAUUAUGUAAAUUCAUUGGAUAAAUUAAAUGAAACAUCUCUACCUCCGAUAGAAGCGUUUUUUAACAAGUUGAAUAAUACACCAACACCCAUCACUGAUUAUAAACAUGCUCAGGAAGUAUGGAAUGUCUUUAAAAUUAAAACCAUGCGUGAGUACCACAAUCUGUAUCUUGAGAGUGAUGUCAUCCUAUUGGCAGAUGUUUUUGAGACAUUCAGGGAUGUAUGUAUGGAAAAUUAUAAACUAGACCCAGCAUGGUAUUACACAGCUCCAGGGCUCAGUUGGGACGCUAUGUUGAAAAAGACGAAGGUUAGUCUAGAACUAUUAACCGAUCCUGAUAUGUUGCUUAUGGUAGAGUCUGGUAUUCGAGGUGGAAUCUCGAUGAUUAGUAAACGUUAUUCAAAAGCUAACAACAAAUAUAUGAGAGAAUUUGAUAAGAAGAAAAAGUCCAAAUUCAUCAAAUACCUUGACGCUAAUAAUUUAUACGGAUGGUCAAUGAGUCAGAAACUACCUACACAUGGGUUUAAAUGGAUGAAUAAGCUAGAGAUUAAGAGUUGGAAUAAGCUUCCAUGCAUCCUAGAAGUAGAUUUAGAGUAUCCAGUUGAAUUGCAUAACUUGCAUAACGAGUACCCUAUAGCACCUGAGAGACUAAUGAUUAACAAAGUGGAAAAACUUAUUCCUAACCUAUGUGAUAAGACAAAAUAUGUUAUCCAUCAUGAGACGCUGAAAUUGUAUGAAAGCCUUGGAUUGAAAAUAACAAAAAUACGCAGAGGUAUUACAUUUCAGGAAUCCGAGUGGUUGAAACCAUAUAUUAGUCUCAACACAGAACUCCGGACAAAGGCUAAAARYGAUUUCGARAAARACUUUUUCAAACUGAUGAACAAUAGCGUGUUCGGAAAGACAAUGGAGAACAUCCGUAAUAGGCAAGAUAUUAAACUAGUAACAAAUGAAUCCCAAGCAGCAAAAUUAAUUAAUAAACCAAACUAUAUGAAACGCACAAUAUUCUCUGAAAAUUUAGCAUCCGUACACAUGGGUAAAACAGAAUUAGUUUUCAACAAACCUAUAUACGUAGGUAUGAGUAUCUUAGACCUAUCAAAGAAACUUAUGUAUGACUUCCAUUAUAUAUAUAUUAAACCAAAGUAUGGAGAAAAGGCAAAACUAUUAUUCACAGAUACUGAUAGUCUAAUGUAUGAGAUAGUGACAGAGGAUUUUUAUAAAGAUAUUGAGAAAGAUAUUGAGGAUAAAUUCGAUACGAGUAAUUAUCCAGUAGACCAUAAUGGAAUCAAAAUAGGAUUAACAAAAAAGUUAUUGGAAUGA